CCCCGGCUCUCGUGAGCUGGGUGUUUCCUGCCUCUCUCAGUCCGGGUUUGGAGACUCCCGCGAUCUCCGACUUUUCAUGGAAGAGAUGUCAGGAGAAAGUGUGGUGAGCUCAGCAGUGCCAGCAGCAGCUACCCGCACCACUUCCUUCAAGGGCACCAGCCCUAGCUCCAAGUAUGUGAAGCUGAAUGUGGGCGGAGCCCUCUACUACACCACCAUGCAGACGCUGACCAAGCAGGACACCAUGCUGAAAGCCAUGUUCAGCGGGCGUAUGGAAGUGCUCACUGACAGUGAAGGCUGGAUCCUCAUUGACCGGUGUGGGAAGCACUUUGGUACGAUACUCAACUACCUUCGAGACGGGGCAGUUUCCUUGCCUGAGAGCCGCCGGGAGAUUGAGGAGCUGCUAGCAGAAGCCAAGUACUAUCUGGUCCAGGGCCUGGUGGAAGAGUGCCAGGCGGCCCUACAACAGAACAAAGAUACUUAUGAGCCUUUCUGCAAGGUUCCUGUCAUCACCUCAUCCAAGGAAGAACAAAAACUUAUAGCAACUUCAAAUAAGCCAGCUGUGAAGUUGCUCUACAACAGAAGUAACAACAAAUACUCAUAUACCAGCAAUUCUGAUGACAAUAUGUUGAAAAACAUUGAACUGUUUGAUAAGCUCUCCCUGCGCUUUAAUGGAAGGGUCCUAUUCAUAAAGGAUGUCAUUGGGGAUGAAAUCUGCUGCUGGUCCUUUUAUGGUCAGGGCCGCAAGAUUGCUGAAGUCUGUUGUACCUCCAUCGUCUAUGCCACUGAGAAGAAACAGACCAAGGUUGAGUUCCCUGAAGCCCGGAUUUAUGAGGAGACCCUGAAUAUUUUGCUGUAUGAGGCCCAGGAUGGCCGGGGACCUGACAAUGCACUCCUAGAGGCCACAGGUGGGGCAGCCGGGCGAUCCCAUCACCUGGAUGAGGAUGAGGAGCGGGAGCGGGAGCGGAUCGAGCGUGUGCGGCGGAUCCACAUCAAGCGCCCGGACGAUCGCACCCACCUCCACCAGUGAGCAGGCAAGGGGACAACUGCCCUCUUCCACCCCUCCCCCUCCCCCUCCCCGCCGUGCCACACUCAGAUUCCGUGCAGGCUCCUGGGCACCUUCCACCUCCCCUGGAGCCUGAAGAUACUUUUGUAACAAGCCAGAUUAUUGUUUUGAUAUUUCUUGACAAGGUGACCUGAUUGUCUUCACCCAGGUGUAUGCCCCUUAUUGCCGAACAAGCUGUGUCUAAAGUCUGUACUUUUUGUGAGAAUCCAGGAAUCUUUGGAGCCAGGCUUUCUUGGUUCUCAGAGGAAAAGUAUGAAUGAUGUGAAGUAUAUGUGAGGACUUUUGUUUUCAAUAUUUAUUUUUGUGGGUGUUGACUACCUAUUUGGGCUUCUUGGGUGACAACUCCAUUAGGGUUCAGUUUGACAAUUCUGAGAGGGGUUCUGGCAUUGGCAGCCACCAGAGGUGUCUGCAAGCUACCUAUUUCAUAACCCUCCAGCCCCAGCAGACUGGCUUCUGCUUCCCAUGCGUUUUGACUGGGCACAGUCUCCACUGCGUUGCUAGAUGUCCAUUCCACAAUGUGGUUUUGUGCUUAGAGCUUACUGAUAAAUAGUUGCAGCUUGGAGCAGUGGAAAUGUGACUGUCAUUAUCUCUGUGCCUCUAAAUUGUUGUCACUAGUGUAGCUUUGGCUGCACGUUAGCUUUGUUUAAGGGGCAAGCCUUUUGCUGCUGUGGCUGAUCUUUGGUCUGGUGCUUGCUGGGACCCCCCCCGGUCUGAGUAGGAGUAGAGCUUUCCCUGUCACCGAAUGUUCAGCUCUGUUGCUGUUUCCCUUCCCCAACUCCUGCCUCUUCAGUUGUUCUCCUCGUUGACCUACUCCAUUCCAGGAAGGGCAUCUGACCCUGUGGUAGGCAUAGCUCACAAACCGUCGCUCCAAGGGCCGCACUCCUUCCUCUUUGGCCUUCUUCCCCAUUAAGUUGGGCUCUAGCAAGUAGAUGCCCUGCCCUUUGCUUAGAAAUUAAAUGUGGCCCCAGACUCUUUGUCCUCCCAGCCUGGCAUCCAGGCAGGGACACCACUCACACUACCAGCCCCAGGGGAGGUUGCCCAUCUCAGGGCAGCUUCCCUGCUGUAAACACAACCAUCUCCCAGAGAUCCCCUUCUUAUCUUUGCCUCCGAUUUCUAUGCAGUAGAGAGUGGCCAUCAAUGAACAGGUUGAAAGGUGUGCAGAUACCUUUGGGUCCAGUCUGUGUUAUGUUUGUUUAAGGGAUGUGUAUGACUGUUGGCAGGAAUGUGUGCUUGUGGGGCACAGGUGGCCCUCUCUGGAGCCCGGCUCUCUGUGUGGUGCUCUUGUAGGAUGGACGUUGUUGGUUACCUACCUCCUAGUGUUCUCUGUGCCUGCAAAGGAACAGAAGUGAGUUGUGACUGAUAUGGGUGGUUGAGACUAGACUAGGUAGAGUAGUUACAAGGAGACGUGAAUGUCAGCUAAUGGAUUAGUUUUGUCUGCUUAUUAAGGGAAUUGUUACUGUUUUAUACCAAAGGUAUUAAUACGGGCAGCCUUCGACACAUGUAUUCCAAAAAACAAGUUUAUAUUUUGAAACGGUUUUUACAGCUUAGACUUUGUACGUACUGCUCUACCUGUGACAGUUGUAUGCCUUUUUCUUUUGUAUCCAGCAGCAAAGCCUACAAUAAAACUUUAAAACAAUCAUGACUGAACCUAGCCUAAAAAUCAUGUAUUGGAUAGACGCUUUUUAAACUGUUGAGUGGGAAACUUUUAUAUUAGACCAUUUGGAUUUUUAUUAAGUACUAAGGAAAGGGGACUUACAAAAUAAUAUUUUGUAAAUAUUUUAUACUGUUUAAGUUUUAAACACCAACCCUGCCAUUUGGGUUGAACUUUUUUAGAAAGUUGAAGUGAAUGUCAGUUUGUUUUUCUGUAGGAAUGGAAAAGCCAUUGUAUAAAUGCUGUUUUUUAAAUGUUUGUGUGAAGAAUAAGUUCGUGGAACAGUCUGAUUUGUUUUGGCUUCUAUACUUAUGACCUAAUGCUUCUGGCAGCUCACUCUACCUUUCCUUUUCCUCCAACUUUGUACCUGCAGUUUUGAGUCUUUGCCUCCCUGGAUAUGAACAGGUUUGUAAAACAUUCCACGGUGAGUGAGACUGUUAAGCUGCAUGAGCUGACAGACAGUGCCCGCUGGUCCAAACUCUGUUAGAGUAUUCUCUACAAGGAACGGAUUUUUCUUAUGCUAGCACUAAGGGGAGAAGCCAAUAUUUAUAUUUAAGAACUAUCCAAGUAAAACAGUGGCCUAAGAUUUGGUAAAGAGUAGGGUUUUAUUGCAUUGUAAUAGCUUACAGUUUUAAAAGUUGGAACAGCUUUUGGUCUGUUGUGAUCAAGUUCAGUCUUGUUUUUAUUUUAUUUUUUACUAAAUCAUCUGAUUGUGGUGACUAGGGGGCCUAUGCCUGAGACAAUUCCUGGCAUGUCCUCUUCCCUCCCUCCUGUGGUGGAUUAGCUGGCUGAUCACCGUGCGGGUACCCCAGUCCCCUAUACAGCAACCAUUCAGGACCUAAGUGUGUCAUUAACUGUGCUAUGAAAAAAUGCUGUAAGUUUUGGAAGUAGUCACUGUAUGUUGUACAAGCAUUUGUGCACAUAUGUAAAAUAAAAGUUAUAUAAUGCUUCUA